GCGCCGCGCUUAACGGGAGCCGGCGCCCGGAAGGUCAGCGUGUGAAGGUGGCAGUAGCAACGCGGGUCUUCCCGCUGUUGCUGUGGGGACCACGGCCGAGCACACGACCCCGGCCUGAGGGGGUGGUGGUGGGAAGCCCACCGCAGCAGCCGCGACGUCAUGGAGGGUGGCGGGGGAAGUGGCAACAAAACCACCGGCGGCUUGGCCGGCUUCUUCGGAGCGGGCGGAGCCGGUUACUCGCACGCUGACUUGGCCGGCGUUCCGCUAACUGGUAUGAACCCCCUGUCUCCGUAUUUAAAUGUGGAUCCACGCUAUCUUGUUCAGGAUACCGAUGAGUUCAUUUUGCCAACUGGAGCUAACAAAACCCGAGGCAGAUUUGAGCUAGCUUUCUUUACCAUUGGAGGAUGUUGCAUGACAGGGGCUGCAUUUGGGGCAGUGAACGGUCUGCGAUUAGGAUUGAAGGAAACCCAGAGCAUGGCCUGGUCCAAACCAAGAAACGUACAGAUUUUGAAUAUGGUGACUAGGCAAGGGGCACUUUGGGCUAAUACUCUAGGCUCCCUGGCUUUGCUCUAUAGUGCAUUUGGUGUUAUCAUUGAGAAAACACGAGGUGCAGAAGAUGACCUCAACACAGUAGCAGCCGGAACCAUGACGGGAAUGUUGUAUAAAUGUACAGGUGGUCUUCGAGGAAUAGCACGUGGCGGCCUGGCAGGACUGACCCUCACCAGUCUCUAUGCACUGUAUAACAACUGGGAACACAUGAAAGGUUCCUUGCUCCAACAGUCACUCUGAAGAUUUUGCCACCUCUGGACUGGGGGACGUUUCAUAGUCAUCCAGAUUGAUUACUAAGUCAGUCUGGAGUUGCUUUCUCACUUGUACCGACAAUUACUUUGAACAAUUGGAGACUCUGAUUUGCUGUGACAAAGAUCAUGGAUGGUUAGCCUGGACUGCAUUGCUUGCCCUUAGUGAGUGGAAGCCAAACCCCUUGGUGGCUCACUGAGUAUGUGUUCUCUUCUCCUUUGGAGAUGAUCUUGCACCUGUUUUCUCUCCUACCCCCAAACUGGAAAACCACUUACUCUCCAAAUUCAGGCCAGACUUAUUUUCAACACUUUUAUCACCAUGUUUAUCAUUUAAAAAUCUAAAACUACUGUUGCCCUGUAUUCUAAAUAAAGGGUGAAAAUGGAACCAAAGUCAUAA